UUCCUGUCGGAGGGCUAAAGCCGAGACACCAAUGGUCGCCAUUUUGGCUCCAUGUGAGCUCCAGCACAGAGCUCCAGCGGACGUCGAGGCGCUGAAGGUGAUCGUUUCCAGCAGCGAUGGCUUCGCUACGGUCUGCUAGGAGGAUGUUUUGUGCUGCGGCGCAAACGGGAGCUGUUUCCGUCCCAGCUGGCCGCUGGGAGAAACUAAAAACCAGUAAAGCGGGUGUGUGGUGUCGCAGCUUGCUCUCGGACUAUAGAGAAGCUUGCAGGGAGGUGGUUGUAGGUGCCUGGGAACGGCCACUAAAGACCUCGGCGUACAUGACUCUGCUAGGAGGGGCUUGGGCAUGUUUCCACACCAAACCAGACCGGUCGUCGUUCGAGUCCACCCUGCUGGAUUGCUCAAACCAGUUGUGCCUUUUGUCACCAUGGAUACGCAGCAGCACUUCUGACGGCCAUGUCCAGAGUCUGAUGAAGCUUCGCAACGAGGGCCGCCUCAGAUACGCCAGCCUGGGACUUGUGUGUGUGGUUUAUCAUGCCGACUACGACCCCGACAACAUGCUGUAUGAAGCCCAGUGCUCCACCCUUUCCACACCCUGGAGGGAGCUUCCUCAUCGGGUUCUGGACAUUGGGUUCACUGGUCGCUGGUGGAUCCUGGGAUCAAAGAUGAAGGAUUAUGAUAUCAACAAGGAAGAGUUUAAGCACUUGCCAGCACAUAUGCAGGAAACCUCUCCACCCAGCACUGAGGAGGUGGAGCGGAAUGAGAGGUUACACAAAGAGUCCUGGUUAGCCCUGACGGUGGAGGAGGCCGUGGACAGUGAGGAGAGUCACGUAAAGACUUAAACCCCCGCCAAGAACCUGGUUCUCAAUCAGACUCUUCUCCAGGGCUGGAACCGCCUCGGGCAUGACCUUUGACCUUUGGGGAACUUUUAUGGAAAAUAAAAUGAGGUGUCUGACACUCGUAUUUACUCCUACCAAGUGUUUUGUGUGUCUUGUACCGUGUGUCCCGACAGAUACCCGAGGGUCAGACCAUGAGGGGCUCUCAGCGUGCCAGCAUGUUACACGUGUGUUGGCGGCUUUCAGGGUUAAAGGUGGCAUCGAAACUUGCUGCCUCUCUGUGGUGUUGUCCUGCAGGUGAAGGUAUGCUCCUGGUUCUGUUGCAGGUUCCCCGUCUAUUGUCACCCCUCACACUGAACGGCUCCGGUUUGGCUGCCGGUUCCUGUUAGGAAAUGUUCUUUUGUAGCUGAAUAGGAAUGUUGGCGUUGACCUGGACUGGUUUGUGAAAUAUUUUAGAUGAUUUCGGCUGUCAACUACAUUUGUAUGAAUGACUUGGGUCGACGGUGGAGGAGGAGUUGGGUGUCUGCCCCACAUCUGGAGGGUUUGCACCCCGCUCAGUCUCACAGUCCAUCUGUCCUUGGGCAACACACUGGACUGCUGGUGGUAAUCGGAGGGACCGGUGCCCCCAAGUGUGUUGUGACUCAUCGCCGCCAGCGUAUGAAUAUGUGCACGAAGGGGGUGUGGCAUGUGUUGUAAAGCACCUUGGGGGGGUUCUGGAAUGCUAGAAGACCAGCUUUUUACCAAUGAACUAGAGCAGCUUCCAGAUAUGAGGGAUGUGGAUGUAGGGAGGAGUCUUGAUCCAUCAAGCUGUAGAAUAAACUCCCAACUCUU